CAGCAGUGCUGACAUUGGGACAGCGGUGUCAGGACAGUGGUGACAGCAAGAGCUGGAGGACUGGCAGAGGGCAAGGCACCAUGGCCUUUCCUCUGCGCCUCUUCCUCCUGCUCCUCCUGGCAGUGGCCCUGCCUGACAGGGCUGCCCAGGCUGCUCCAUGGCGAGCACAGGGAGCAGAUUGGAAUGCUAGAAAAGGUUUUCCAGCACCUUGGCUGGAAGAGAGUUUGGAUCCAGUGGGACCUCCCUCAGGUGUGUCUGCAGAGAAGACUUCUCUAGCUCUUGGGCUGGAUGCUGCAGACAAGCCUGGCUCCCAUCACAGGGGUCCUCCAGCAGGAAAGACUCAAGCUAAAGGAGAAGACAAAUCUCUGGAGCCCUCUGAACUUCUGGACCAGAUGCUGCGUGAACUGGAGAGACAGCGUGAAAUGAAACGAGAGCCUGUGCAGCAGGAAACAUUUCCUGAAGGAAGCAGUGAUUCUGUGCCAGACUCUGCUGCAGGAAGGGAGGCCAUGCCAGGCACAGUCCCAGGAGAUUGGGAUCAGGACAUGGAUUAUCUCGAAGCCCUGGCACUUAACAAUUUGAAGCUCUUGGAGGAUGCUGAAGCUGUAUCUGUUAAUGAAAGUGAUCUGGCUAACCAUCCCAUGUCCAGGACUGAGCCUCUGGGAUCCAGGAGCUAUCCUCUGGGAGAUGAUGGAGCCAGCACCACAACACGUGUUCCUGAUUCCCAGAAGGACAUUGAAACAGGUUUCUGUCAGGGAACACUCUGUUGGCUGGAGAUAACGGCCAUGGUGGCUGGUGGAGAGCUUAUCAUCAUGUUGUGCUGCUUUGGUAUCUGCUAUGCCUGCAAGAGAAAACGGCAUCUCCUUGAAGAAAAGCUGAAAGCUGGUGGCUGGUCCCAAGACCUCUACAGCCAGAAGAGCUACAGCAGCAGCUCUGACUCUGACGAGUUAAUAUUUGCACCUUCAAGCCUUGUGAUGCUUUGAGAGGACAGGCCCAGCCCUCCAUCCAAGCCAAAAUUCCCCAGGAAAGGAAUUGGAAGCCUUCAACUGAACCAUGACUGAGAGCUGCCAAAAUCACGUCUUCUGUUCCAAUAAAGAGAUGGAGCUGUUA